AUGGAGCAUAACAGCAAUACCAGAUUCGCCACAUCGCAGACGUGCUGUCAUACUUGCCAUCAGCCUGUUCCUAUAUCCAAAUCGAUGCACGCCGGAGUGUCUGCACCUGACGUUGACACCGACUCCCCGCCACAAUACUCUACUCUUGAUCAUGGACCUGUGAUACACUCAGUCCGUGACUGGAAGCACAUCCGAGGUGAACAUGGACCUUACGACAACCACUGGACCCGUGUGGUCAAAGACGGCGACCAGAUCUGGAACCAGUAUGGCAACCACAUCUUUGAAAUCGCAUCGAUCAGACAACUAUCACAGAUGCAGUUGCACCUUUGA